AUGUCAUCUAAGAAAAUCACUAUCGGUAACUAUUUACUUCGACGUUUAAGAGAUCUUGGAAUUGAUAUUAUCUUUGGAGUACCUGGUGAUUAUAAUCUACCAUUUCUUGAUCAAAUCGAAGAUUUUGGUAGUAUACAAUGGGGUAAUAACUGCAAUGAAUUAAAUGCAUCGUAUGCAGCGGAUGGUUAUGCACGUAUUCGAGGCAUAGGAGCUCUUGUAACUACAUUCGGUGUUGGAGAAUUAUCAGCUAUCAAUGGUAUUGCUGGUUCAUAUGCUGAAAUGGUUCCAGUAGUUCAUAUUGUUGGAACACCACCAACAGCUUCUCAAGCUAGUGGAGCUAUUCUUCAUCAUACACUUGGUAAUGGGGAUUUCCGAGCAUUUGCAAAUAUGUAUAAAGAAGUGACUAUUGCUCAAGCAAAUUUAACAAAAACAAAUGCUGCAGAAGAAAUCGAUCGUGUUCUCACUCAAUGUUUACUCAAAGGUCGACCAGUUUAUAUUGGAUUAGCAGUAGAUCUUAGCGAUUUUGAACUUAAUAUUGAUCCAUCUGACAUAAAACCAUUAAAUUUAUCAAUUCCACGUAAUCCAAAAGAUGAUCAUGAAGCCGCUAUCGAAGCUAUUAUUGAUGCUGCUAAAAAAGCUCAAAAUAUUAUUGUUAUUGUCGACGCUUGUGCAAUUCGACAUGAAAUGAUGAAAAAAGUUUUCACAUUUCUUGAACGAACUCAAUUACCUGUUUAUGUUACACCCAUGGCUAAAGGCGGUAUUGAUGAAGAUCAUCCGCAAUUUCGUGGUGUUUUUGCAGGAAAUUGUUCAACUGAACCAGUACAAAAAGAAGUUUAUAAUGCAGACCUUAUACUAUCGAUUGGUUCAAUGAAUAGUGAUUUUAAUACUGGUGGUUUUACUUAUCGUUUAUCUCAAAAGAAAACAAUUGAAUUUCAUACAUAUCAUACGAAAGUUUUCUAUGCUAUUUAUGAUAAAAUUGAUAUGCGUCAAUUAUUACCUGAUUUAACGGAACAAUGGCCCGCUGAACUUAUUCGUCAAAAUAAUGCAAAACCUGUUGAAAUCCCACCACCAGUAUUAAAUGAAAAAUCUGAUGAAAUUAUACAUGAAUAUUUUUGGAAUAAAUUACCAGAUUUUAUUCCAGAAAAUUCUAUUGUUGUUGCAGAGACGGGUACAUCUGAAUUUGGUGUAUUUAAUAUGCGUGCACCAAAAGGUGUAACAUUUUUAACUCAAAUUUUAUGGGGUUCAAUUGGAUAUUCUGUUGGUGCAGCUUUAGGUGCUUCAUUAGCUGGAAAAAAUGAUAAUCGUCGAGUUUUUAUUUUAGUUGGAGAUGGUUCUUUUCAACUUGUUUGUCAAGAAGUUUCAUCUAUGUUACGUUUUAAAACCAAUUUAGUUGUUUUAUUAUUAAAUAAUGAUGGUUAUACAAUUGAAAAACUUAUUCAUGGACCUGAUCGUGCUUAUAAUAAUAUUCAAAUGUGGCGUUAUCAUAAGAGUUUUGAAUAUUUUGGUAAUGGAUUAAAACAAAAUCGUGAACAAGCAAUAACAGGCUUUGCUGAUCAAGUUAAAACUCGUGAAGAAUUCGAAAAAGCAAUGCAACAAGUAGUUAAAGAAACAGAUAAAAUACAUUUUCUUGAAGUUAUCAUGCCACCUAUGGAUGCACCAAAAAGUUUAGUUCUUACGAUUGAAGGUACACGAGAAUACAAACGCCGAGAACGUGAAACUCAAGAAUAA